AUGCCGGCCGCAAGUCUUUUCAUCGUAAUCGUCGCUUGUUUAGGGAAAAUAACGUGCGCUGAACUCGAUCCUAAUUUGAAGAGAUGUCCAGACGACCAUUUCCAGGAUCCGGGAUAUUCGCCAGGCUGCACUUACACCUGCAAAAAUGGAAAACCGGACGAUGAUAAAAAUUAUUGGGGUGAUUAUACAGAUUCUACCCCCUGCGUUGCUCUUACAAAUGCUAACAGUACACAGUUCACACACAUUGGGACUUGCAAGAACGGAAAAUGCGUUCAAUAUAAUGAAUCGAACAUUCAACAAGUAUGGAGCCAACUUCCUGAGUUGCAAGCCCAGUUUCAUAAUUGCGACACCAUUUCAAGCAACAAUUCUGUGGAAAACUGCCUGUAUAUUUGCAAGACAAAUUCCUCUGGAUAUUCCUACGGAGUUUACCAGGAUCGUAACAAAUGCACACCCAAAAAUGGCGGGGUCGGCAUCUGCUUGAGUGGAUUUUGCCACGGAAAAGAAUACUUUCCGAAAAUUGAUGACGAUUCCCUGAAACCUUAGUAAAUAAAAUAA